AUGGAUCUGCCAAAAUCCAGAGAUGUGAGCACGAGGCGAGGAGUGAUGAUCGAAGCAAGGGAAUAUAAUGGAUUCCGGCUCGGGUUCAUGAGGAGACCUGAGUGGUCCGGUUUGCGAAAUAAAGGAAAUCAUAUCAAUACGAAGAAUAGAGAAAGUAACAGAAAGUACGAGCGAGUCAGUUUUAAGACCGAGAAGGCCGAGUAUAGACAUGUGUUGACUCAUGCACCGAAUCAACGGAUACCCAAUAUCCAGAACAGCAGACAAGCAGGUGAAAAGGAGCUCAAUACCAGGAUUAGCUACUGGGUAGAUCAAGAUAGCGGCACAAUUGAAACUAUCGAAAAGUUACUCCACCGUGAUGCGGGUCUUGAAGUCAGCAGGGACAAUCAGAUAUACUGA